AUGCAUCACGAUAUCUCGGAUAUCAUGGCAGCUUGGUGCAGCACAUUCAGUUGCCUGUUAACGUCACAAACGAGAGAUUCAGCUGGGUUCCAGAACGCUGGACGCUUCAUUGAUAUCUGUACUCUGGGUUUCGGUGAUCCAUGGGAUCGAUGCACGACAUCAGUGUUCAACACCGAUGCUUCACUGCCGUACAACCACGAUUUAUUUGAAAGCCUUAUUGUAAAGAAAAGAGUAAAGUACAGUAAGGCUCACGCAGGUCCCCAUCCUGGAAGUCGAGUAGCACCGACAGCACCCAAGCGUUUCGUGAUCUCCUUCAUACUCCUGUGCCAAGCCAAGGGUUGGCUACCUCUCUGCUUACGCCACUCUGAGUUAGGCAUGAAAAACAUCACUCUCUUCGGCAAACGGUGCUUCGGCAUACGCAACACAUGUCCCAACCAACGCAGCUUCUGGUGCUGGACACAUUCUUCAAUGGAAGUAGCCGUUGCACAACCGAAAACGCGCUCUCCAACUGCGUCGUUACGGAUUUGCCUUCACUAUUGGUAG